AUGGGCAAAGAUGAUCGUAGCGUUCCGGCGAUCAACGACGACGGCUUCACUAUCAACGGCUGUAGCUUCAACGUGAACCCCAAGUACCAGCCCAUCGACGCUAUCGGACAAGGUUCCUACGGUGUCGUGUGUUCCGUACGCAACACCGAGACAGAUGAAAAACUCGCUAUCAAGAAGAUCACGCCCAUGGCUGGCGAUGAAUGGGAUGCCACGCAUACGCUUCGUGAAAUUCGACUCAUGCGUUGCCUUGGAGCCCAUGAAAACAUCAUUUCACUAAAGGACUUGAACAUGUGCAAGGAGAAGGAUGAGUUGUACAUGAUGAUGGAGCUCGCCGACACAGACUUACAUCGCCUUAUUCAGAGUUCCUGUCCACUUACUGAGGGUCAUAUUCGAGUCAUCAUGUACCAGGUUCUCUCCGGUGUCAAGGCGAUGCACGAUAACGGUGUUCUUCAUCGCGACUUGAAGCCAGGGAACCUCUUGCUUAAUAAGGACUGCGAGUUGAAGAUCACGGACUUCGGUCUUGCCCGAAUGAUGCCUAAAAAGGCGCAAUUAGGUCCAGAACAAGCUUCAAAUGACGGUGUAUCCAUGAUGACAGAGUACGUUGUGACGCGUUGGUAUCGACCCCCAGAGCUCAUGCUCGCACCCAAUGGUAGCUACGAUGGAGCCGUCGAUAUGUGGUCUGUGGGGUGCAUUCUAGGAGAAUUGGUGUCCCGUAAACCGCUAUUUCCCGGUACAGACUUCAUGGAUCAACUCACGCGUGUGUUUCAAGUGCUUCCAGUGCCUGAACCCGAAGAUCGAGGCUACGUAAUCGAGAAAGACGCACUCAAAUUUUUGUCGUCACUUCCUGCUCCAGUACCGGGUGCUCUGGAGACCAAACUAGGCGAAGCUGUGGGCCUCCAAGCUCUGGAUUUACUGCGUCGAUUGCUGUGUUUUAACCCCAAGGAGCGGAUUUCAGCGGACAAUGCACUGAUGCACCCGUUCUUCGACGGAGUUCAAGAAGAGUGGGGCGAGAUUACUCCUCUGCAUCUCCCUCAUUCUCUUGAAUUCGCCUUCGAGACUCAAUCUCUACCGCUCUCCACCUUACGUCAGUACAUCUGUGACGAGGUGCUUGCGUUCGCUGAUCGAGCAAGUAAACGUCCACCAGAACCACACGAGAAGGAGCCUCAGACCAAGACGGAAACGCCCACAACAUCGAACUCUGAGAAUAACAACGACACGCCUUCAGUACUGGAGAAUGACUGUCCUGUUGGCUCGGGAUUCACACUUAAAGGCUGCGAUUUCAACGUGCCAGCCAAGUACAAACCACUUCAAGUACUGGGUGAAGGCUCGUACGGCAUCGUGUGUGCAGCGACGAACACGGAGACCAAGAAGAACGUGGCAAUCAAGAAGAUCACACCCAUGGCUGGUGAUGAAUGGGACGCCAAGCACACGUUGCGUGAGAUCCGUCUCAUGCGGUACUUCGGCAAGCACCCGAACAUCGCGUCGUUGCAGGACUUGAGUACGUGCAUCGAGAAGGACGAACUGUACUUGAUGAUGGACCUCGUGGACACGGAUCUCCAUCGUCUCAUCCAGAGCAAAACCAAGCUCGAAGAAGCUCACAUUGCAGCCAUCAUGUACCAGCUUCUAUGUGGCGCUCAAACGCUGCACGAGAACGGCGUUCUACAUCGAGAUCUGAAGCCUGGAAACAUCUUGGUAAGCAAGAACUGCGACGUCAAGAUCACCGACUUCGGGCUGUCCAGGUACAUCCCACACAGCGCUCGCAAUGAAGCCGUCAAGUCUCCCACAGACGUAGAAUCUCGACGUGCGGUGGAUAAAACUCAAGCGUUGAUGACCGAGUACGUCGUCACGCGCUGGUACCGUCCACCUGAGAUCAUGUUGGCACCCACGGGUGUCUACAAUGAGGCUGUGGACAUGUGGUCCGUUGGCUGUAUCUUCGGCGAGCUGCUUAAUCGCCGGCCAAUGUUCCCUGGCUCAGAUUUCCUGGACCAACUCUCGCGUGUGUUCAGUGUUCUACCCGUUCCAACUCGUGACAAACGCGGCUAUGAGGUCGAAGGAGACGCCUUGGCCUUUCUCGAAAGUCUUCCACCUUGUUCGCCUUCAGCUCUCACUAAAUUAUUCCGCCGUGCAUCGCCUGAAGCUGUGAGUCUGCUGCGACGUCUGCUGUGCGUGAAUCCAGCGCGUCGUAUCUCGGCGAAACAAGCACUGGCACAUCCAUACUUCAAGAGUAUACGGGCUCAAUUGGGUGAACCUCCAGUGUUCAGAGUGGACAAGGCCUUCGACUUCGAAUUCGACUACCAGGAGUUCUCGCUUACUCACUUGAAGACACUGAUCCAGAGCGAAGUCAAGUUGUUGCAGAAGUAUGGGCUCCCUCCUCCAAUUGUUGAUCCAGAACCGGUCCAGGCUGCAGUAUACGAAGAAGUGGACGACUACGAGGACGAAGAAACCAAGCAGGAGAUUGUUGGCAACGUGGAGCAGGCCAAGACAGUAGAACCUACACCAGCCGUUGUCACUGGACCUGAACAUGACGUUGCCGUGUCCAAGACAAAUUCUCACGCCGAGCCAGAGACUGACGAGCCAGCCUCUACAGAUUCCGAACCGGAUGGCAAACACCGACAGCAACAGGAUGAGGAGACAGAAGCUAUUCCUCAGAAGAAGCCAGCCACUGUAGAACCGACCAAGCAGAUUAACGAUGACGAUGACAAGCCACGCAGGACGACCAAGAUUUCUUCUGCUCGCUCGGAACCAACGACUGCGUCAUCAUCAACACACCGGUCAUCCAAGACGACCACAUCGAGCUCGUUGGCGCGUCCAAAAAGUACCGGAACGACGUCACGCCGCUCGAACAUUUCCUCAGGAAUUUCUACAAGCCGAAGCAGUGGAGGGAUCUCGUACCGCUCGAAACGGGAUGACGACGAAGUCUCUUCCGUCUCUAGCAUUAGCAGCAACAAUCGCCAUAGCAAUAACAACGGCUUGGAUUCCGUCGAUCGUGGCGGUAAAUGGGGCCACUCGCGUUCCAGCGUCAUGGCGUCGACUGCAUCUUCAAGGCUUCACAGGUCCAGUCACAGCUCAUCGACUUCUUCAAUCCACGAACGUAGGAGCGGCACUGUAAAUGCCUCUUCGAUGGCCACACGAACCGGAUCCGCACGAGUAUCCAGCAGCAACCAGCGUAGCGCCCGUGGCGACGAAUCCGUUGACCGUGAGUCCGUGAAGAGCGACUCUGUACGAGGCCCUGAGCGUGUAAGCGCAAGUUCCACCCUAACGGCAGCUACAGCUUCGUCACUACGUCGACAAACGAGCUCUGCCGGUGCAGUGCGAACGCUAUCUGCCAGAAAAGAGUCGCUACCGGAAGGUUGGAUACGUCGCAUACACUCUAAGAGCGGCCGUGAAUACUUCUACGACACUCUGAACAAGGUGGCGUCCUGGAAACUCCCAGUCAAGAAACAGCAGCUCGACAACAUCUUCGCUGGCACCUCGAGCUCUUCGACUUCAUCGUCUUCAUCUCGAGUCGCGUACGGUCAUCGCCAGAAUGUUCAGGUCACUCCGGGCACGUCGUCGACGGCCUCGUCACCGUCCAGUGCAAUGACACCCGAGUCCCAAUCGAGUCGCAGCUCGAUGCUUUCCAGUCGACGAACAGGGUCCAGUACUUCCAGUAACCUGCCCAAGGAGUGGGCACGACGCACAGACCCCAAGACUGGACGCUUGUUCUACGUGAACCUCGUCACCAACCGCGCGUAUGCCAAGCUUCCGUCCUCUGUCACCGCAGCCAUGCUCAACCUCGGCCGAGAAGCUGUCGCCAGUAAGCGCGCUGCCGCAGAAGCACUCAGCCGUAAGAAAACAACGGUACCACACAGCCCACAGUUCUCGCAAAUGUCUUGGCAGCGUAAGAGAGUCCCCAACACGGAUGACUGA